GAAUGGCUGUUGGUGUGAUCGAGGGGGCUGGGCCGCUCGGAGCGAGCGGUGAGCUGCAUGAGUUUGUAAUGUCCGCCAUGUUGGCCAUGGCGUAUUGAACCGGGGAGGACCAGCGGAGCCCAGGAGCCAGCGAGACCGACAGAGAGCGACCGAGACCCGGGCCUGCCCGGCUCUGCGCGCGCUGCUACGGACCCCUAAAGCCCCGCGCUCAACCGACCGCCACAGAUUCAUCCAUGAGAACUCGAGGCAGACCUGCUGUUAUUCCUAGCAGAUCGAGUAGAUUUAUGCUGCAUCUUUUAGUAUAAAAAAAAAAAAGAUGAGUAAAUUGUCGUUUCGGGCGCGGGCGCUGGAUGCUAGUAAGCCCCUGCCCGUCUUCCGCUGCGAGGAUCUGCCCGACCUGCACGAGUAUGCCUCGAUCAACCGGGCAGUGCCGCAGAUGCCGACUGGGAUGGAGAAGGAGGAGGAAUCGGAGCACCAUCUCCAGCGGGCCAUCUCGGCACAGCAGGUCUACGGCGAGAAGCGGGACAACAUGGUCAUCCCGGUCCCCGAGGCAGAGUGCAACAUCACGCACUACGAGUCCCUCUACCCCGGGGAGUUCAAAAUGCCAAAGCAGCUUAUUCACAUACAGCCUUUCAGUUUGGAUACGGAGCAGCCAGACUACGACCUAGAUUCAGAAGACGAGACGUUUGUGAAUAAGCUGAAGAAGAAGAUGGAAAUCACGGCUCUGCAGUUCGAGGAGAUGAUCGACCGGCUGGAGAAAGGCAGCGGACAGCAGCUCGUCAGUCUGCAGGAAGCCAAGCUGCUGCUGAAGGAGGACGACGAGCUGAUCAAGGAGGUGUUCGACUACUGGAGCCGCAAGAGGAAAGUCUGCAAGGGCGGCUGCCUCAUCCCCAACGUCAAGCAGGAGAAGAGGGACGGCUCGAGCACCAGCGACCCCUACGUGGCCUUCCGCCGACGGACGGAGAAGAUGCAGACCAGGAAGAACCGAAAGAACGAUGAAGCGUCGUACGAGAAGAUGCUGAAGCUCCGCCGAGACCUGAGCCGGGCCGUCACCAUCUUGGAGAUGGUCAAAAAAAGGGAGAAGAGCAAGAGGGAGCUGCUGCACCUCACACUGGAAAUUGUGGAGAAGAGGAAUGCAAUGCCGGACUUUGGCAGCGAAGUGAUGGCAGAAGCUCUGGCGCAGCGCGCUCUGGUGAAGCCCGUCUACACCAUCCCCAUCAUCCCCCUGUCCAGCAGCAACCAGUACAGACACCAGGACCACUUGGACAUGAAGGACUACAAGAAACCCGAGAAGACGGAAGCCGUGCGAACCAAAAGGAAAUACGAGAAGAAGCCCAAGAUCCCGCCGCUGGUGGCGCCGCAGCAUUCAGGACCCUCCGUCUUCAAUCCCAAGGACCUCAACCAGUACGAUUUCCCCAGCUCAGACGACGAACCCUUCUCACAGAUCCAUUCAGGUUCCUCGGAGGCAGAAGAGGAGAAUGACCCAGAUGGCUGCUAUGCGUUUCGAAGGAAGGCCGGCUGUCAGUACUACGCUUCUCGUCCCGACAAGAGCGGCAGCUGGCCCUGGGUGAGCCAGGCGGAGGGCGGGCUCGGCGAGCCGCGUUUCCGCUUCUGUCUGACCUCGCUGAACGUUCCGCGACGCUGCAUCGGUUUGGCGCGGCGGCGCGUGGGCAGAGGGGGCAGGAUCUUGUUGGACCGAGCGCACACAGACCUGAACAGCAUUUGCCAGAGUCUGGACUGCGAUCCAGAACCCUGGCCUCUCGCCUCGCCACUUCCAAGCUCUCCGCUCCGCAACUCCAACGCCAGUACCUCAGAAACCAAUACCUCGGACCCGACCAGCUCCCCCCGCCACCCUGCCAUCCUCAUCGCCCUGUCGUCGUCGUCGUCCAUGGACCUCAGCCAGAUCCUUUUGAACAAAUCUUGCCGCUGGAGGCAUUUCCGACCACGGACGCUAUCCCAUAACCCCUUGGGUGGAAGAGUGUCUCGCAGAGGAGUUAGGGAUUACAGCCGGACCCUGUCAGGACUAACCCGGACCCUGUCUGGAGGAGCCAGCUCUCUGAGUCGCACCGGUGCAGCAAACACUCCCAUCAAUGUGUUCACAGCCGAGCAGUACCAGCAGCACCAGGAGCAGCUGGCCCUCAUGCAGAAGCAGCAGCUGGAGCAGAGCCAGCAGCAGCAGCAACAACAGCAACAACAACAACAACCGCAGCAGCAGCAGCCACAACAACAACAACAACUACAACAACAACAACAACAACAAGCCAACAACACUCCAGCAACGACCAACACACAGACACUCGUGUCCAAGACGCUGGACCAGGCCAGCGCUCAGUUCGCCGCCUCGGCCCUCGUCACCACGGACCAGCUGCUGGCCUUCAAGUCCAAAGACGAGCUGGUGCUGGCCAGCGGCGUCAACGGCGUCCUGACAGGCGCAGGCGUCCUCAAAGGCCUGCACCUCUCCAGCGCCACGGCCGCCGCCCUCCACCAGACCAACCAGACCGGCCCGGCGUUCCUCCAGCCCUCCCCCAACCCGGCCGCCCCGCCGCCCGCCGUGCCCGCGGCGGCGGCCCUGGGGCUGCUGGGAUGCGGCGCGGCCAACGCGGCGCCCGCCACCACUCAGGUCCUCAUCGGGAACAACAUCUGUCUGAGCAUGCCGUCGGCCGCCAGCCUGGCCGGGCGCCACAUCCCCCGCACCCUCGGCACCGUGCCACCCUCUGCCUUAAAGCUGUCCGCCACCACCAACCUGCAGAUGCCCAAAGUCUCGGGAGCGGCGUCCAUGGACAUGAGCGCCAGGGAAAACCACGACGAGGACAAGCCGGCCCUCAACAGUAUAGCAGAGAACACAGUGGCCAUGGAGGUGACGUAGUAGCGGCGCCGGGACGGGACGGGACGGGACCGGGCCUCUCUCUAGGUGCUGUGCAUCGUAGCAUCGGGAAUGCAGAAGGGACGGCGGGACUCGGACGGGAGCGAUCUUCAUCUCUCAUACUUUUUAAGAAAAACAAACAUAUUUUUCCCCCCCCAUCUCUUUUUGUUACUGUUAAAAGUUAAAAAGGAAAAAAAAAAGAAAAGAAAAGAAAAAGGAUAAAGUAUCGACACCUGUAAAUUAUGAAUAUGGCAAAAAUUAGUAUCUGUACAGUAACUUACAUAUUUGUAAUUCCCCCCCCUUCUUGUAUAUAUUACUUGAAUACAGAACUGUCCAUUUGUGAUGUUUUGCACUUGGGAGUCAAAGUUAACGGAAAAAAAAAAACAUAGUAAGCCAAGUAAGUUGUGGCGAGUGUGAGAGAGGUGGGAGUUGUAUAGAGAAGAUUUUAUCACAUCAUGUGCAUGGUGCGGAGCCUGCUGGUUUUAUCUAUUUAUUGUGCUGUGUUUACAGUUUUUUUUUUCUUCUGUUUGGUUUUUCAUUUCUUUUUUUGUUUUGUUUUUGUUUAUUUUUUUUUUAUUAUUUGUACACUGUACCUUUGUUGGUUCCUGUGCUGUAGUAAAUGUUAGGUAGCUACGGACUCCUGGGUAUUUUGUAUAUGUGAACACAAGCAGGUUCCCAGCCCUCCCUUCUUUUUCUUUUGUUCUUUGUUUUAAUUUUAAUUUUUAAUUUUUUUAAUUUUCCCAGUCCCUGUGCUUCUUUUUGUGUGGAUCAUGUGGAAAUCAGUGACGUUCAUGCAGGAAGAGGGAGCUUCCAUUUACAUUAUCCCCCCAACACAAGUAACAAAACAGGGAUGAAGUCUCUUCCCAGAAGCCUUCGCUGCUUCUGAUUUAAAGCACUAUUCGUUUUUUUCUCCGUUUUUUUUUUUCUUUUUUUUUUCCGUGUAUGGUUUUGAUAAAUACCAAUGCUGCUUUUGUAUUUGUUUUUUCUUAAACGGGACGUCCAUUUUCAUGCAAGCGACGCCCCCCUUUUUUUUUUUUUUUUCAUCCAAACAUUUUUGUAUUUUUGUAUUUUUUUUUUCUUGUGGUAAAUCGAUUGUAAGCUUUUUUGUUUCCGUUCAUCGAAAGACUUCAUUCUUCCGUUGGUUUGUUACUUGUUCAUGCAUAGGUGAUAAGGGAGGCGGAUGGGCGGCGAUCGCUGUACGUGUUUCAUCAUUCCAGUUUUUAAUAACGAGAAAAAAAAAAAAUAAUGCUCACGAGGAGACGGACGGACGGGUUCUCCUCUCCGUCUCACCCCUCCUUUUCUUUACGUUCUUUUUUUUUUUUUUUCUUUUCUUUGAAAAAAGAAUCUCCAGACGGCUGUAAGGCCAAAAACCACAAGUAUUGGGUGCCUUCCUUUGGGGAAUUUAAUGUUCUCUCUUCUGUGAAGAGUUAGGCACAAAGGCAGCAUUACUUAGUAGUGCUUCUGGUCUUUGUCAGAAUCUGAAUGCCCAGUCCAAUGGCAGGAUGUAUCUUUGAGGUUUACUUGUCCCACCUGGAGGCUGAAAAGACUAAAAAAUUAAACAAAAAAAAAAAAAAA